AUGCCAUGUACCGUGCCCAGCCUAUCACCCAAGGAUAUUAAGGACGAACUAGACAUUCUCACGAGCGUGCUUCGACAACAGGGUCAAGUGCUGAGCGACCUCAGUGCUCUCCUUCGAGUUUCCAAGAAAAUAGCCCGGUCACAGCAAUCUGGCCUCUUCAAUAAGGCCGACGAGCACGAACUUCUGGUCGAUCUGGACAUUCUCUAUCUUGACCGCAUGGCACGGCAAGCCAAAAGCGGACGGACGAUCAUGGUGUUUAAUAUUGUGACAACUGUCUUCUUGCCGCUGAGUUUUCUCACGAGUUUCUUUGCAAUUGACAUCAUCGAGUUUCCGCGUCCCGCCGGAAGUGGUCCUGGAGAGUUGCAUCUGGGUUGGGUGCUCCAAAGGAGGUUCAUGAGGAGGCGCAAACGACUCGCACCCUGGUACGACAACGAGUCCAGCACCGGAUUACCCUCGUCGAGUCACAGUGCUCUGGACGAGCUGGAUGCUCGUAAAGAGAGUGUCAUUGAGGAGACACGGGCGUUGCGCCGGAUUAAUUCCAACAGCACCCAGCAUAUCAGCAUGCAGCCGUCGACAAUGGUGCCGGCUCAAAUCCAAGCGGGACAGCAGCCAGUGUCAUCCAGACGAACAGGGACCCGCUUCCCGCGUCGUCUGCGCCAGAUUGGAACAGAAAUGACAGGGAGAUCCGCUGAGACCGAGGAUCUCGAGGUUAACAAUGGAUAUGGCUUGUAA